AUGGAGGCUCCACAGGGAGCUCGGGAGUGGGAUGGCCCUGCAGAGUUGUCCCAACAGAGGCACAGGAAAAAGCCCUUUACAGCCACUCCAAUUGAUCCAUCAUACCAUAGAUCACAUGCUAUUUCCUUGGGUGUAAUUGUAGAGUAUAAGCACAUAGAGGACAGGAGCCACAGACUUAUUUCUGUUCCAAUUGUGUUAAGAAUAAAUAAUUCCCCUCUUCCCCCCAAAGGCAAGCAUGAGGAGCGGCAGGACAAGCAUGGCUACAUCUCCUGGUGCUUCACGCGGAAAUACACGCUGCCCCCCGGUGUGGACCCCACCCAGGUCUCCUCCUCCCUGUCCCCUGAGGGCACACUGACCGUGGAGGCCCCCGUGCCCAACCUAGCCACGCAGUCCAACGAGAUCACCAUCCCAGUCACCUUCGAGUCGCGGGCCCAGCUUGGGGGCCCAGAAGCUGCAAAAUCCAACGAGACUGCCGCCAAGUAAGGCCUUAGCCCGGAUGCCCACCCCUGCUGCCGCCACUGGCUGUGCCUCCCCCCACCACCUGUGUGUUCUUUUGAUCUGUUUAUCUUCUGUUUUUCUCAAAUAAAGUUCGAAGCAACCCCCAAAAAAAAAAUAAAUAAAUAAAUAA